AUGUUCACACCACUUUUGGCCUUGUCGGUAUUGCCUGUACUCUAUCUUUUAUGGUGGAUUUACGUCAGAGCUGGGUUGGGUUGCCUUACUGGAAGAACGACGACACUGUAUCGAAAGAGUUCUUUUACGCAGAAAUGGGCAAAAUCAAUUGGCGGUAUCAAACCUCCCUCCCCAGGCUUUGUCAGUAUCUCGAAUGAACAGAAUCGGGAGUCCAAAUUCCCUCGACUCGGACGACCGGUGUCAUCGAUGAGACCAGAGUAUGAUGUCGUCGUCGUUGGAUCUGGCUAUGGUGGUGGAGUUGCCGCGAGCCGAAUGGCGAGAGCUGGAAAAACCGUUGCGGUCCUAGAGUUGGGACUAGAGAGAUGGCCUGGUGAAUAUCCAAGCACCCUUAACGAUGUCGCGCCCGAGUAUCAUGUUUCUGGGAACAUUGGGAAAGACGUCACCACUGGAAACCCGACGGGAUUGUAUCAUACCGUUAAAGGGGAGGGUCAGGAUGUAUUUAUUGGGCACGGUCUCGGCGGCACGUCCUUAAUUAAUUCGAAUGUCUACCUUCGCGCUGACCCUCGAACCCUCCAAAUCCGUGACUGGCCUCCAGAGAUUCGCACGGACCCUUCUUCACUUGAUAUGUAUUACGCUCGUGCCGAGAAAUUGCUUCAACCUACACCGUACCCUAAUGAUUACCCCUCAUUAAGGAAGCUCGAGGUCUUCCAACAACAAGCGAAAGCUCUGGGUCAAGGGCGCAAUUUCUAUCGCGUCCCGCAAACUACCUUCUUUCAAGACGGUCUCAAUAAUGUUGGAGUAGAGUUGAAGGGAUCAACUUGCACCGGUCAAGACUGCACUGGCAUCAACGAUGGUUCAAAGAAUUCGGUUUUGAUGAACUAUCUUCCUGACGCAUGGAACUGGGGUGCAGAAAUAUUCUGUGGAUGUGAGGUAAGGCAUAUACGAAAGGACUCAGAGAGUGGCGGGUACUUGGUUUUUUAUGCUUGGCAUGGAGAUGGAAGGGAGUCAUUUAAAGAUACCUUUUAUGACCAAUUGAUGUGGGUUCGCGCUAAAGAGCUUUGCUUCCUUGGAGCUGGUGCACUAGGGACCACCGAGAUUUUGUUACGUUCCAAGGCCCAUGGAAUGGCAAUGUCUCCACUCGUAGGGCAGAAGCUCUCGGGCAACGGAGACAUUCUCAGCUUUGCGUACAAUACCAACGAGAUCAUAAAUGGGAUUGGUAGCGAGAAGCCCUCGACCCCAAACCCCUGUGGUCCAACUAUUACUGGCAUCAUUGAUAACCGAGGCUCCGAGGCAGCGCCAAAUGUCGAGGACGGCUAUGUUAUUGAGGAGGGAGCCAUUCCAGAGGCUCUCGCCCCGAUUAUCCAAGCAAUGCUGGAAACCCAAACGAGCCAAGUAUAUCCGAAACAUUACGCCCGGUUAAGGUGCUUUCUUUCAAGAUUAAAGUCGAUAAUUAUGGGACCUUACGCAGAUGGAUGCAGCGUCAACAGAACACAGUCCUUCUUGGUCAUGUGUCAUGGCGAUAAUGAGGGUAUCCUUACACUAGAGAACGAUAAACCCCGUCUCCAGUUCCUGGGAGCUGGUAGAAGGAAGCACAUGCAGUAUUUGCAUGGAAUACUCCAGAAAGCUACAGAGGCUGUUGGUGGUGUUCUGAUCAACUCCCCUCCAGUAACAGUUCAUCCUCUCGGCGGAGCAAGGAUGAGUUUCGAUGGUACGGGUCGCCAAGGCGCUGUCAAUAACAUCGGACAGCUCUUCAACAGCGGUGGGGGAGAGGAUGUGUAUGAAGGUAUUGUAUGUGUAGAUGGUUCAAUCAUUCCAACCGCACUUAGCGUCAAUCCUUUCGCAACAAUCACCGCGCUAGCUGAGCGAUCGUGCGAUCUCUUGAUAAAGAAGAACAAUUGGACUGUCAACGAAGCUUCAAAUGGAAAACUCGACCUAUUCGGCAAGCCUGCUAAAUCCGUUCCCAUCUCAACUCUCAUGUCAGAUAAUCUCCACGGCAUAAAAUCAAAAGUAAAGUCGGCCGGAAUUCGCUUCUCGGAGAUCAUGGAAGGCAGUAUCCACAUUGGGACUGAUAUAGAAGACUUUACCACUGCUGAAAAGAUAGCCAGGGGCGCCUCUAGCUCAGCUCGUCUCUGCGUCAGUGUCGACGUGCCUAACAUGGAUAACCUAAUUGGACGGUCAUUCCAUACCGCUCUUGCCUCUGGAACCUUUUCCUGCGGUGCACUGUCGCAGGAUCCCCUUCUAGUUACCAAGGGUCGACUUCACUUCUUCACUGUGGACGAUGAUGUGUCUGACGGCACCAACAUUACUUAUACACUGACGCUUCUCAGCACCCGAGGCGAGACGUACGUGUUGCAAGGACACAAGAAGAUUGACUCAGACAUAACUUUCUCCGGUCGCAAGACAUGGAAGGCAACAACGACACUCUUCACCACAAUCGCUCGAACAAAUGGAUCACUUGUAGGAAAGGGUAUACUCCACAUCUCAGGACAGAAUUUCAUCAACGAAUUGCUGAGUUUUAGUCCCAGUGGCGAUACCACCGGCACUGGAAUGCUGCCUGUACUAGCUAGGUUUCUAGGCUUUUUUACAAGGCAGACAUUGGAUUACGUAUUAAGCCCAUUUCGACCCCUCGAGUAUCCCGAUACAAGCACAACAGGAUAUUUCCGCAAACCCACACCGGUCAAAGCGCUCGUUACUGCAGAAGACGGCGUCGAAACUGUCGUUAAGCUCUGGAAACCCACAGGCGGCGUUGCUGAACACGACAUGGCGAUUGUCUUCAUCCCCGGGGCCUCGGUCGACGAUCAAAUCUUCUCUCUUCCCACCAUCCCCACGAACGCCGUUGAUUACUUUACCGCGCUGGGCUACAGGUGCUACAUACCCGUUCUCCGCUUCGGGAUCGGGGGUCCAGCGGAAGAUGGCUGGACUGCGUAUGAUGCUCGCUUGGAUGUGAAAGCUGCAAUGGCGUAUAUCCGGGAGCAAGAAAGUGGAAGGAAGUUCUAUGUGGUUUGCCAUUGUUUGGGGAGUAUUACCACGGCUAUUGCGCUUCUGAGUGGAGAGGUAAAGAAAGAGUGGAUACAAGGGAUGACAUGUAGUCAGGUCUUCUGCAACUUAAGAUAUAGUCCAGAUAAUGCGUUUAAAGCUGGGUCGCCGCAGUUGGUGAAAGCAUAUAGGGGACUAGCAGGAGACUGGUUCUCCUGCAGUUCCACUCCCACCUCCCCUAUUAUCCAAUACCUCAUUGACCAAAUCCUGCGCUUCUACCCCAUUGGCGCCUCCCGCGAAACCUGCAACUCCUCCGUCUGCCACCGCUGCAAUCUAGUCUUCGGUCGCUGUUUCACACAUGCCCACCUCAACCACGCCACACACCUCCACCUCGCGAAUUUCUUCUCCGGCAUCCAUAUGAACUUCCUCGAACACCUGAUGGGCAUGGGUGCAGAGCCACCUCACCAUGUCCGGACAAACCAGCCAGAAUUUAAAGACUUGGUCGUUGAGAAAGGGAACUUGGAGAGGUUGGAAGGAUUGCAGAUUCAGUGGUUAAGUGGUGGUGCGAAUGUGGUGUUUGAUCCGAGGAGUACGGCAGAGAGUUACGAGAUGUUCAAGGAAAGGUUUCCGGAGGGGGAGUUUGAGAGGGUGGUGGUGCCAAGGUAUGGGCAUUUGGAUACUUGGAUGGGGAAGGGGAGUUUUAAGGAUGUUUAUCCGAGGGUUAGGGCACAUGUGGAGAAGUGUGAGGAGGGUGGUAGAAAGGGCGAGACAGUGGAGACGACUAUUGGGGAGAUGGAGGUUGUGCGGCAGGAAAAGGAAGUGGGGGGUAGGAACAGGAAGUUGGGAUGGUUUGGAGGGUUUGCGGGGUCUUUGAGGCUACCUAAGUAGAGAGGGAUAUUCUUGUGGUAUCCCCCGUGUUUAGUCGGUGAGAUCACGUGAUGUGAUGUUCCUUAUACCGAGUCUGAGCUUGAC